GUGUUGGCCUGAUUGAGUGCCAGUGGAGGGGAUGAAGAGAAGAGCGGACGGUCACGCGUGUCCAGCAUGCGCACAUACAGCUCUGCGCGUCUCAUCUCAUCAUGACCAGGACUCACCCCAACAAUAGCGUCUGUCCUUGAAUUACUCAGUUCCUGGAUUUGUGGACUACAGGGACUUUCACAACAAUUUAUCUCUCGUAUUUUUUUUACAAGUCUUCAUUCUUUAGCAAAAUAAACAGUAGAAGGAACUGCUAAUUUAACUGUUUUCUUAAAGAAAAUGCUUCUCAUUUGUUGAAAAAAGGAAGAAACAACUCGAAAGACAACCUGUGCAACUAUUCAGAAAUAACGGCACAAAACAAGCUGUUUUUUUCUUGGACCAGCGUUUUGACUUUAAGGAAAUAAACAUGUCCAGCAGAAGCAUCGAGUGGGAGCAUUUCGAGGAGCGCGAGAAGAUUCACCGGUCCCCGCGGGGCAGCGGUGGUUCUCACUCCGGCUCGCGGGGUAACGGGCUCGUUCCCAGUCCCGCUCACAGCGCGCACUGUAGCUUCUACCGCACACGCACACUGCAGUCGCUAACCUCCGAGAAGAAAGCGAAAAAAGUUCGCUUCUAUCGGAACGGUGAUAAGUACUUCAAGGGCUUGGUGUACGCGGUGUCCGGUGACCGCUUCAGGUCUUUCGACGCGCUGCUGAUGGAGCUCACCCGCUCCCUCUCGGACAAUGUGAAUUUACCGCAGGGAGUCCGGAGCAUCUAUGCUAUAGACGGGGGAAAGAAGAUCACCAGCAUGGACGAGUUACUAGAAGGAGAAAGCUAUGUGUGUGCUUCCAACGAACCCUACCGUAAAGUGGACUACACUAAGAACGUUAACCCCAACUGGUCAGUCAAUGUGAAGACUGGGACGUCCCGCUCGAUGCCAUCUCUUACCACUUCAAAGAAUGAGCUGAAAGAACGAGAGAGCAAAGACUUCAUCAAACCCAAGCUGGUGACUGUCAUCAGGAGUGGCGUCAAACCGCGCAAGGCCGUCCGGGUCCUUUUGAAUAAGAAGACGGCUCACUCCUUUGAUCAGGUGCUCACGGACAUCACGGAUGCCGUUAAACUGGACUCUGGGGCUGUGAAGAGACUCUACACUCUGGAGGGCAAACAAAUUACAUGUUUGCAGGAGUUUUUCGGGGACGAUGACGUAUUCAUCGCGUGCGGCCCUGAGAAACACCGUUACGCACAGGAUGAUUUUGUGUUGGAUCACAGUGGUAAGGCUUCCACAGCCUUUAUAACCGAAUGUCAGGUGCUCAAGUCCUCUUAUUCUUCUCGUUCUGCUCCUCCUGUGAGGUACUCUGGUUGUAAAAGUCCAGGACCCACCCGCCGCAGCAAAUCCCCUGGAUCAGUAAGAAGGACUCCCGGACACUUCUCUACAAAUAGCCAAUCUCCAGUCAAAUCACCAAUAAAUGGAGUACCUAACAGCCAAAUCACUACCCCCAAAUCCGCCAAAUCUUCCAGCUCCUCCCCGACCAGCCCCCGCAGCAUGCGCAACUUUAAGUUUAGUUGCAACAAGCGGAUAGGAGUCCCCCUCCGUCUCUCUGUACAGAUUCCAGCACAUCACUCUUCUGCAACCAAUGUGAACGGCUCCUCUGAGACGCCCCACCAAUAUAACAACAGUGUGAGCCCUGAAGUUAAUGGAAACAGGAACAUAGCUGCUUCCAGUAUUUUGGACAAGUACAAAAUUGGCAAAGUCAUUGGUGAUGGAAACUUUGCUGUGGUUAAGGAGUGUGUUGAACGAUCCACUGGAAAGGAGUUUGCACUGAAGAUCAUCGAUAAAAACAAAUGCAGAGGCAAAGAGCACCUGAUCGAGAAUGAAGUGGCGGUGUUGAGGCGUGUUAAGCAUCCUAAUAUCAUCAUGCUGAUUGAGGAGGUGGAUACACCCACUGAUCUCUAUCUAGUCAUGGAACUUGUGAAGGGUGGAGAUUUGUUUGAUGCUAUCACCUCCUCAACAAAAUACACUGAAAGAGAUGCUUGUGUGAUGGUAUUCGACCUGGCAGGUGCUCUUAAAUACCUCCACAGAAUGUGUAUCGUCCAUCGAGACAUCAAACCUGAGAAUCUGCUGGUGUGCGAGUACCCUAAUGGUACAAAGUCUUUGAAGUUGGGUGAUUUUGGCUUGGCCACAGUGGUUGAAGGCCCGCUGUACACUGUUUGCGGAACACCCACUUACGUUGCCCCAGAAAUCAUAGCAGAGUCGGGUUAUGGGCUAAAAGUGGAUAUCUGGGCAGCUGGAGUGAUAACCUAUAUCCUUCUAUGUGGCUUUCCACCUUUCCGCAGUGAGAAUAACCUUCAGGAUGACCUAUUUGAUCAGAUUCUGGUUGGGCGUUUAGAGUUCCCUUCACCCUUCUGGGACAAUAUCACUCACUCUGCUAAAGAGUUGAUUGGUCACAUGCUGCAAGUGAAUGUGGAGGCCAGAUACACAGCAGAGGACGUGCUGUCUCACCCCUGGGUCACAGUUAAUGAGGAGGGUGCAAUGGAAAACAAUAUGAAGAUGGAGGUGGCAGGUAAACUCAAAAAGCACUUUAACUCUGUGCAGAAACAGAGCAACACUUCCCCAGGAGUUUCUGUUCUUAUGAACACAGCUCUAGAUAAGGAAACCAUCCAGCUCUCUCGCCGGCGUAAGGACACCAGCCCUCCUCCAGGAAAAAGCCCCUCCUCCACCCAUCCAGGGAGACGACGCUCCAAUAGGAGACGGUCAUCUGCCCAAUCGGUGGAUUCUACGAGUGCUGCUCUGGUUGAGCCUUUAGCCUCAACAACCCCCAAUACACCAUCAGCACCUCUGUCCUCCCCUUGCUCUGCCCCACUUCCCUGCUUCCCAGAAUGCAGUGCUGAGGCCAACAAGGGCUUGCAGAAGGAAGAAUAACUCUACUUAGGGGAAUCAAUAUGGAGACAAUUCCAAAUAUAAAAAUAAACAAUUAAAUAGCUACUCUGCGAAUCUUUAAUGCUUCAUUGACUGGAAUACAGGAUUUGCUCAGAUUUUUGCCCCAAUUUACAGCCUGGAAGAGUUGCCAAAAGUGUUUUCUUAUCCAUUGUGACUUACUUCUAAGUGAAACAGCUUCUCGGACAAGAAAACAUAUUGGGCAGGACUUGAUUUUGUCUAUCAGGAAUUGAUUGGAUCAUUGUUGUCUGCUUUUGAUCUCAUGUGAUUGACAGCGUAUCCCGUCCUUGUGGCGAAAAACACAUCAUGAAAAGAGGUGUUGCCGCAAGAGGGACAGGAACAUCGCAAGGGCACAUGAAUGUAUUUGAUGUGCACGGACAACUCAUUUAUAGGCUAAAUACUGUGAUGAAAAUAGUCCAUUUGGAUUUCAUGGUGACUUUCAGGCUGGGAUACACCACAAUUUUUAAAAUUUGAGCAGAUUUUAAAACACUAACUGGUGAUCACACACUUAUGUUCGUUCCUAACUCGCACAGAAACACUCGCCUCAUUGCUUGGAGACGCAUUACAAAUGUAUCUGAAGCUAAAACUUCUGAGAGCUGAGAGUCUGUGCCCAUCAUGCGAUGUUUUGUGAAAUCUGUCUACUUAUGUCUGCAGACUGGCUCGGAGCCUCUGACUUUUAGCAACUAGCAUUGAUUCGUCCAGACUGUAAAUCGGGGCAAAAAACUGAGCAAAAUGUGUGUACUGUAUUCCAGCCAAUCGUCUGCUCGUUUCCCUGCUUUCUUCCUCCAGUUUGGCUUCAGAUCGCAGCACCCAUGUGGGUUUGAAAACUUUUAUGUGAUUGAUUGUAUAUAGGUGCUUUGGAUAUCAAAGAUCCGCUCUGCUUUUGUGUUUACUGACAUGAACAGCUCACGUCUCGAUUGUGAAUAGCAAGCACGUUUUAGGGUGGAUCUAAAUUCCAAAGGGAAAGAAAGACUUUGAAACUGGCAAGAAACUUGUCCUGCUGAAACUUGAAAGUAUGUUUGAAAAUAGACCGCUUGACCUUUUGACUCUGCUGAAGAAACACAAGAAAGCGAUUUGUAUUUUUGUGGUGGUGUGUUUUUAAGAGGGUGUGCCUAUAUUGCACUACUGUGUUCUGGAGUCAUUCUGCAGUAGUUUAGAGUUGCCUUCAUAUGAGCCAGCAAAGCAAGAAAUCUGUAGGGAUUGUUAAUAGUUCUGUUCUUUUGCUAAUUUAUUUGUACAGAUUAGACAUAAUGUGUAAUUGUAUUUUAGAAUAGUUUGAUAUUUUCAAGCCGGAGUCAUAAGUGCACGAUGUUUUGAUUUAGUAUUAGAUUACAAUCUGUCUUUGUCACCUAUUUCUCCAUGUAGCUACUGUCUGUACUUGUUAUCUCUUUGCUCACCAUCUGAUUCAAAGAGAGUGAUGAAGCUUGAUAAUACAUGUAUUUGACAUAAUGAACUGAUUUUUGACAUGUUUAAAGUUUCAAGAAAUAUUCAGUAUCAUUUCUGGAAGGCUAUUUCAUGUUUAAUAGGUGUCAUUUUCGAUUAGUGUUCCAUAUCAUCUCAUAAUCAAGGAAAUGCAAUAAAUGAUCUAGCUGUUGUUUA